CAUCAGGUUGACACCAUGCUCUCCGUGCUACAGAAAACCAUUAAACCUGUGCAGGCUGUCAGAGGACUGCAUAAAUCUGCACUGGACGUCCUGAAACAUCCAGCCCCUGAGGACACGGUCACAGCCAGUUUUGGGAAGUUCAUCAGUGAAAUACAGUCUCAGCAUAUGUCUCCUGUAGCUCUCCACCGCAGUAAAAGGAUGAUGCUGGACAGCAUUGGGGUCGGACUCAUUGGAAGCACGACAGAUGUGUUUGAACUGGCCCUUCAGCACUGCCAGUACAUGUACGCUCCUGAUCACAUCAGCUCUGUGUACGGACGCAGAGGCAUCAGGCUCUCUCCAACUCUGGCAGCUUUCGUCAAUGGAGUGGCGACACAUUCCAUGGACUUUGAUGAUACGUGGCACCCAGCCACUCAUCCUUCAGGAGCCGUCCUUCCUGCCGUGUUAGCUCUCAGUGACAUGAUGCCAGCUAACAGUAAACCAAGUGGCCUGGACUUCUUACUGGCCUUCAAUGUCGGCAUCGAGAUCCAGGGUCGUCUAAUGAGGUUCUCUAAUGAGGCGCACAACAUCCCCAAGAGGUUCCACCCCCCCACCGUGGUGGGUCCUAUGGGAAGUGCAGCAGCUUGUGCUCGCCUCUUGUCCUUGGAUCCGUCUCAGUGCAGUCAUGCCCUGGCUAUAGCUGCUUCUCUAGCUGGAGCUCCGAUGGCGAACGCUGCCACUCAGUCCAAACCCCUUCAUAUUGGCAACGCUUCCCGUUUGGGGCUGGAAGCUGCUCUGCUGGCCUCCCGAGGCCUAGAGGCCAGUCCUCUGGUCUUGGAUGCUGUAGCAGGAGUGGCGGGCUUUAAUGCAUUUUAUGAAGAUUAUGUCCCACAAGCUUUACAACUGACCAGUGAUGAUGGUCAUGUGUUCCUCCUAGAGGAGCAGGACAUGGGUUUUAAGCGCUUCCCUGCCCAUCUGGGGAUGCACUGGGUGGCAGAUGCUGCAGCUUCGGUCCACAAGCUUCUUGUUGGAGUUGACCCAGGAAAGGUCUCCCCUGAUCAGGUCCAGGACAUCCUGCUCAGAGUCCCUCUGUCUAAAUACAUCAACAGGCCUUUUCCAGAGUCGGAGCACGAGGCACGCCACUCCUUCCAGUUUAAUGCCUGUAGCGCUCUCCUGGACGGUGAGGUGACCGUUCAGUCCUUCAGCCCAGCUGCCAUGAGGCGCCCCGAGCUGCACGCCCUGCUGAGCCGCGUCCGCCUGGAGCAUCCUCAGGACAACCCUGCUAACUUCAACCGUAUGUACGCUGAAGUCCAGGUCAAUCUAGCUGGAGGAGACAUUCUAAAGGGGCGCUGUGACACCUUCUAUGGUCACUGGCGAAACCCACUGACCAUUGAGAGCCUGAGGAAGAAGUUCAGAAACAAUGCAGGUGUGGUGCUUCCACCAGAGAAGGUUGAGCGUCUGAUUGAAGCAGUGGAUGAUCUGGACACACUGGACGACUGCAGCACUCUUCUCUCACAACUGCAGUAA